ACCCAGCCCGCAGUCUUCUGCAGCGUCGUCGCCGAUGUAGCGCCGUGCAGCAUGCGUGCCUCCCUCCGCCGCUAAUCUCUGGAUCCUCCCCGGUUGGACGGACGGCGCUUUCCGAGGACAGUCGGUCAGUGUUGCCGUGGGGGGGAUCGGCGGCGCCGGGGACCUGUUGGAGAUGACAGCUGAUCUGGGCGGACUUAAGCGCAGGCAUCAAAACAACAUUAGCCGUGGAGGAAGUUUCAGUGUCACGGAUGCCACUUUUUAGCACCCUAAUGUGCAAUUGUUACUCCACGGGACUGUUGAGAUGGAUUCCCUGAUGAGUGCUGUGUCGCCGCGCUCGCCGGCGCCUGGCAAAAAGCUGUCCGAGGUGGAUUUCCGGUCCGGGGCGACCCUGGAGCAGCUGUCCUCUCAGGUCUCCGACCUGGUCCUCCUGGAGCAGGGCGAGUUUGGAGACCAUACUGCCUUGGAGGUGCACACGGCAAAGGAUUUUAUCUUCAACAUGUUAGGUUUAGUCCAGAAGGUGGAUCAGCGCCUCCCAGUGGCUAACGAGUACUUACUGCUGUCCAGCGGGGCACGAGAGGGUGUCUUGGACCUGAACCCAGAGGACCUCGGCGACUAUGCCAAAGGUGCCGACUUUGACCUGGACUUCACGCUGCUGGUGCCAGCCCUAAAGCUCCACGACCGCAACCAGCCUGUCACCCUGGACAUGAGGCACUCGCCGCCGUGCCACUCAUGGCUAAGCCUGCGCCUGUGCGACUCCAACAUCCUGUCCCGCUGGAACGUCUGCUGCCAGGAAGAGAGUGGACUUCCUGAUGAAGAAGACGAGGAGGAAGAAAGUGAACUAGAAAAAGGCUCCAUUCCAUCCCUGGUCUCCCCUCAGUCCCUGGAUGGCUGCUACUUCUCCCCCACCCUGGUGACAGACUGGUUCUGGGGGGUGGUGAGUGAGGCGGUGGAUGAGCUGCGGCGAAGCCCCCAGAGAGGCAUUCCGACCCCUGAGCGAUUGGAAAGGAACGGGCCACUUACGACCAUUAUCCUCCAGGCAGGCUCCAGCAGGGUACUGUACGACCUUCUUCCCGUAGUCUCGUUUCGGGGUUGGCCUGCUGUGGCUCAAGGCUGGCUGACGGCCAACCACUUCUGGGAUGGUAAAAUCACAGAGGAGGAAGCCAUAUCGGGCUUCUACUUGCUGCCCUGCUGUUCACCGCUGGGGGGCCGACCUGACAGGGAGUGGAGGCUGGCCUUUUCCCGCAGCGAGGUUCAGCUAAAGAAGUGCAUCCCCUUCCCCAUGGCGCAGGCUUUCCAAGCUGCCAAGGCGGUGUUGUCUCGUAUCCUGGCCCGUCCUCGUGCAGGUCUCAGCCUCUACCACCUGCGCACGCUUCUCUUUUGGGCCUGUGACCGACUUCCUGCCGCCUACCUGUCCUGCCCAGACUCUGACACCCCCGGUCGUCUACUUCUGGGUCUCCUGGAUGACCUGGCGCAUUGCAUCCUGGGUAAAAACUGCCCAAACUACUUCCUGCCCCAGUGCAACAUGCUGGAGCACCUGACCGACAGCCAGGCUCUCCUCGUGGCCCGGAAACUGGCUCAUGUGCGCUCCGAUCCCAGCGAGCACUUGCGGGCUGCUCUGGACCAAGCUCAGCAGGCGGGUCAGCUGAAGAAGGAGUUGGGCACAAGUGCUAACGGCUCCCCCAGGCAUCACCCCACCAAUGGCAUCAUCUCGCCUUCAGAGGACAAGCUGGCUCAACGUCUGCAGCAGCUGGUCACAGAGAAUCCCGGGAAAUCGAUCUCGGUCUUCCUUAAUCCGGACGAUGUCACCCGGCCGCAUUUCCGCAUAGAUGACAAAUUUUACUGAAGCUGCAGUGAAAUAUUUGCGUGUGUGAGGGCGCACUGCAUGGGUUGGGCGUUUAAAACAGCAGCUGCUCAUAGUCGCCCUCCUGUGGCCAAAUGACAACCUCCCUUCAGACCAAAACACUCCCUGCUAUGGAACAGAAUGACGCCUCACAACAAGUCCCUGCGUCACUGAGCAUUUGUUAUGGUUAUGGCCGACUCCAAACAUCCGGCCUUAUUGAGACUGAUCAGGCUGUUGUUGAGCAAAGGCGUGAACGUGAAGAAAGAUGAUCACAUAUGACUAACACUUCGAAAGACAUGAUGUUUGGAUCAAAAGCCGUGGCUGAUGUAACUGAAUGUAAUGUGCUGAAGAGAACUGCCUUGUCUCUUCUCAUUAAUUCCCAUUUGUUUUACUCUUCAGUUCAUGUUUCUCAGGUACCAAUAAUCCUUAGCUUGUUAAAUUGAAGCCAGUCCCGUCAAAAGGUCUUACAAGCAUUUUUAAGUGUGGCUUCAUUGAAUACACGAUGUACCAAAGAGAAAUAACACAAAUGAGUUUGCUAAUUUGCAGUUUACACUUUCAUGCCGAUUGAACAAGUCGAUAUCCAGUGAACAUUACGGUUGGUUAACUCAAAAUUGAUUAUUUGACUGAAAAAAUACAUUUCUUUCAACUUAUUUUCCUUUUUGAUUGUGAAACGAUUGUUCAAUGAAAUAUUUUUUAAUGGCUGUCUAGAAUGUCAUGUACAAAGGCUUCCAUGUUUUUCCAAGCUACAAAACAAGCAUUUGAAAAGAGUGUGAUGGUUAAUUAAGGUUGACUAUCCAAGAGUGGCAAAGCCAUGGACACUACAAUUGUAUUUUUUUAAACAAGCACACCAACAAGUGUACACACCGACGUGCAAAGUGACUGACUUGUUUUCUUUUAAUUAAGCUGCUGUUUCUAAAAGGCCGGGUCUAAAGAUGUGAUGUGCUUACUGCUGAAUUGUUCUAACUGCUGUCUGUGUGCGUGUGUGUGUGCGCGCGUGUGUGCGUGUGUGUGUGUGUUGAAGAUGAGGAACAACCAAAGUGUGUUGGUGCAAAAUGUUGACUGCAGUGCAUUUAGCUUAGUGUUAAAAAUAUCGCAGCAUUUAUGUUCAGAAUAGCUCAUGAUUGAGGUACGUUGUCGUUCUCUGCAUGGUGGAGAAGGCUUCACAAACAAUCAGCUGUGCAGAUGUAAUUGUGCCGUGCAAGGAAAGCACGACAACAUCUGCAUCAUUAUACCGUAGUUGCUAUAUUCUACUGGAUUUUUUUAGACUGCUUUCUAAAUCACUAACAACUUUUAAGUGCAAAUAAAACCACACUUUUAGUAUAAAUAUACAUGUCAGUAUCUUUUUAAAUACUUGACUUCUCGCUUUGGAAAAAAAAGAUGAAAGUGCUAAUUGUUAUAGUGAUGAUUUGACUGUAACAUGACUGAUUUAAUGUAUUUAUUAUUAUCACUGCUGAUUCUGAGGGCUUUACAUUGAUCAGUUUGAGCUCUAGCAUGAAAUAA